AUGACCAAGAAACCUUUCGACCCCUCCAGCCUCCAAGCCUUCGGCAACGCCGCGGCGGGCCAUGACGGCGUCCUAUCCGACCCAACCGGCGCCGUUGUCGUCAAACCAUGUACCCAAGCCGAAAUAUCAUUCUACGAAUCCAUCGCAGCCUCACAUCCCGACCUCGCCCAGCACCUCCCCACCUUCAUGGGUACUCUCUCCCUCUCCGCCAACCAACCCUCAUCCACCGCCGAAGAGUCCGACACAAUCACCACGGCAGACGGCGCAGUCGAGCGACUACACGGAAAGAAGCUAGACACGGAAUUACACAUCGUGCUGGGGAACAUCACGCACGGCUUCAAGAAGCCUAACGUUCUAGACCUCAAGCUCGGCGCGCAACUAUGGGACGACGCCGCGAAGCCCGAGAAGCGCGCGCGGCUGGAUAAAGUGAGUGCCGAGACGACGAGUGGGAGUCUAGGAUUCAGGAUUGCGGGGAUGAGGGUGUACAAGGGGGUGCCUGCGCCUGAGGUACCAGAAGACCUGAAGGAGUACGCCGAGGCGGAUAAAGAGGGGGGAUACUGGGUGUACAAUAAGAUGUACGGGCGCAAGUUCGCGGAGGAUAUUAAUGAUGGGUUUGAGAGCUAUAUCCAUGGGCAGGGGAAGGAGGGGAAGGAGCUUGAGCGGGCGAGAGAGGUGCUGGCUUUUUUCUUGGGCGAGGUCAAGGAUAUUACACAGGUGUUUGAAAGUAAGGAGAGUAGGAUGUAUUCCGCGAGUAUACUGCUUGUGUACGAGGGCGAUGUGGAGGAGUAUGCGAAGACGAAGGCGAAGCUGAGGAGUGCGCCGCCGGUGGAGGAGGAGGGAGACGAGGAGGAUCUGCCGCAGUUGGCGGCGGUGAAGAUGAUUGAUUUUGCGCACGCGACGUGGACGCCUGGAGAGGGGCCAGAUGAGAACGCGCUGAAGGGGAUGAGGAGCACGACAACCAUAUUGAAAGAAUUGCUAGAUAAGACGGAGAAAGACCUCGACGCUGCUGAGGCUGCGUGA